AUGAUGUUCUUCAACUUCUAGCGAUUCUUCGCUGGUUUUGGUUCGGUGUUAGACCCUCUAUUGGCUCAAGAAAACUGUACCUUGGAGACAAUUCUUGACGAUGACACUUUACAAGAAAUCAAAAUGAAUGGAGCUCAAAAGUUUGGAAAUUUUGUGACAAAGAAUAUUGAUACUUUUAGUAAGAUGAUAGGGUACUUGAGUGUCAAUGAGUAUGAGGAGUAUAACGAGAAAACUUAGAUUAGAUACCCCUUUAUGAUAAGUGAAGCAAUAGGAAAUGAGAAUGGUCCCAUCAUUGAUUAUCUAUUCGAAGCAGAUAAAUCGAGUCCGAAUUAUGAGAAGAAUGAACAACGUAGACAGGAAUUCCUGCCCAAGAUUUUCGAUAUCUUGGAUAGGGAUUACUUGAAUGUGACUCUCGCCAGUUAUCUAUCCAAAGUAGUGUGUGCAAUCAUCAGAAGAAGAGGUUUCGAUUUGUGGAGAUUCCUUUCUCUGCCAAUUCAUAAAUCAAUUUUAAGUAAUUUAAUUAAGAACUUGGAUGUGUUCCAUGUUGCUGAAAUCAUUGAAAAGUUGAUCAUACUAGACACCAAUCAAGAACAAUCCGACAAUCAGACUAACUUCCUCGAAGAGAGAAGCGAACUCUUACGUCGAGUGAUUAGAGUCUUCGAAUAUAAAACUCAUCAAAAUGACAUCACUGACAAUUGCAGUCACAUAAUCAUUGAAAUCCUCAAUAAGUCAGAAUUGUUCCUUUAAGUCCUUAACAUCCCUGAAAAAUUCUUCGCCAUUGCCUUAAAUUCCAGUUCAGCCACUGUAGUUUCAGUCCUAAUCACAUUAAUUGAAUCCAUUCACCGAUACGUCUAAUAACAAUAGGAGAAGAAUCCCGCCUAUACUUUUGAUUAUAACUAGUUCUACCCCAUCGCCUAAGAGUUCAAGAAUGCCUUGUUAGCUGAAAAGAUAUCCAUCAGUGCCUUCAAUACCACCUAUGGAAUUUCACAACAGCCCUUCAGUCAAAUGAAGUUGAAAUUGAUUCAAUUGUACCUAUCCAUAUUGAGAAUCAAUAAUGUUCAGUGGAUCAAUCAAUUUGAUCAUAAAGGAAUCUAUGAAUCUCUCAUGAAGUUUGUUAUUGAAUACGAAUUCAACAAUCAAUUGCAAAAUCACUUCUACGAAAUUACAAUCUUCAUCUUUGACAGACCUCAAUUCGAGGCCAUUUAAGAAGAGUUCCUCUCACUUGGUCUCUUAUCAUUCAUUAUGAAGCACAAUAGAUAUGAUAAGGAGAUCAUCGGAGCCAUGAAUUCAUAAAUUACAAGAGGCUAUGUGGGAAUCCUCAGUAAAAUUGCCUAUUAUUUCAUUAACAAAUUUGAGAACAACCAAGAAUGGAAUCAAUAUGUUGAAAAAGUACUCGAACCUGUUAGGACAAUUGAAAAUCAAUUCAUGCUGGGAGUUAAUCCAAAACCCAAGAUCCCCAUAGAUACCGGUGAUGAUAACAUGAAUGAAAUGUUUAAAAACUUUUCAAAAAACAAAUACUCUCAAAGCAAUCAAUAACCAUAAAUUCAAUAAUAAGAUCAAUAGCUAACUGUUGAGGUUGAAGAAGAAACAGAAGAAGAAUAAAAUACCGAUGAAAAUGAGGAAAAUAUUAUGUGUCAUCAUAGGGAAGAUGAUGAAACUGAAUAAUUCUAAGAUGGCAACUCUAAGAAACCUGAAAUGUUGAUAGAUGUUGAAGAAAUUGAGAAAUUCAUUAAUAGUCCAGAGACAAGUCCUAAAGUUGUUGAAUAAAUCAUUCAAUUCCAAGAGUAAAACUUAAAGACAUCUCCUUAAGCUAGUGAAAUUAUCACCGAUCAAACUGUUAAUAAAUAUUGGAAGGCUCAUGAGGGUUUGGAGCAUCAAGAACCUGGCAGAAAGGGAUCACAUGAUGACACCCAUAAACAUCAAGUUGAUCAUCAUGAAUAAGUUAAAUAAGAUUAAUAAUUAAAUGAAACUACAGAAAAAAUUGAAGAGAAAUAGUAGGUUGAAACACAUGAGAACUUGAAGGUUGAAGUAUAAGACGUAAAAGUUGAAAUAAUUAAUUCACCAGAGGAACAAUAACAAUAAGGAGAAUAAUAAUAAGAAGAAUAAUAAGUGGAAAAAUAAGAAGAUUAAUAAGGAGAAAAAUAAGAAGAAUAAUAAGGAGAAAAAUAAGUAGAAUAAGAAGGAGAAAAAUAAGUAGAAUAAGAAGGAGAAAAAUAAGAAGAUUAAUAAGGAGAAUAAUAAAAAGCAUAAGAAGAAUAAUAAAAUAAAUAAGAAGAAUUAAUCAGUUGA